AUGGGUUUCUGUCUGCCCGCUGUAAUUCCUGCGAAGAAGCUUCUUCGGCGGUCUUUUUCAAAUACAAACAGAGGAGCUUCAAUUAAUCUAGCGGAUAUCCCAAAAGGUUAUUUUGCAGUUUAUGUUGGGGAGAGUGAAAAGCAGCGAUUCGUCGUUCCUAUAUCAUUCCUCAACCAGUCUGUGUUUCAAGAGUUGCUAAGCGAGGCUGAAGAAGAAUUCGGAUAUGAUCAUCCAAUGGGUGAUCUGACAAUUCCCUGCAUACAAGAUGCCUUCCUUGAUCUCAUUUCUCACUUGAAUUCAUUGUGGGGGCGAUGGAGAGCAAUUACAUGA